GCUGCUGUGCUGGCCCUGCACCUCUCCUGCCUCCACAAACCCUCCUAGCUCCCUUCCCUGCCUGAAAAACAGGGUAUCUCAGGGCUUGGUGUGCAUCUUUCCCGACGUCUCCACCCUGUCGCAGCUGCUGGAGACUGCUCGCAGCUGGCCAGGCGCGGCGGGAUGGGACUUGGGGAGGGGAAGCCUCUAUCAGCACCCACACCCUGUGUCUCCUCCUUUGGCUUUGAUCCUGGAGCAAAUCCCCCAGCUUGGAGCUAGAUUGGUUCUUACACUCAAGCACGCUCCCGGGGCUGGAGGGAGCUGUGAAUUUUGCAAGAGCUGCCUGUGGGGAUGUUCCCAGCAGGGCCCUCUUGGGGAAGACUGGGGCAUGGAUGCUGCUGGAGCAGGAUCUGCCUGCACUGAGGGUGUGAUCCCAUGUAGGGAGGGGGCAUUGUGGUGAACAGGACAGAGGAGCUUUGCUUAUGUCCAGAAUCUGCCACGCUGCGCAGGGACCCCUGAAAUUGGCGUGAAUAGCCAAAUGUCAUCUAUGUCUUACCACAGCCCUCUGUUCCUGCAGCUCUGGACAAUCUUCUGCACCUCCCUGCUGCCAGCAGUGCCCUGCUCAGCGAGGCGUCUCCUCCUUGGCCUUCCCUAUGGGAGGUGGGCUCUUGCCUUGCCCUGGGAGUGCCAGCCGUGGGCAUCAGAGGAGCUGGGGAUCUGCUUGCGAAGACUGGGCUGAAUUCAUUGUUCCUGUGGCUGCAGCUGCUUGAUGAAAAAUAGCAGCCACAGAUAGAGACAGGGACAAGGGGGACAGUCUGCCGAGUUCACCUCCAGACAUGCCACCCUUAUCAUUGGGAAGCUGAGGCAGAGAUAAGAGCAGUUUGCUUCGAGUCCAGCCAAGACAGCCGUGAGCCAGGGAUAUGGCAGAGGCUCCAUGAGGAGGGUGAUGGGAGCAGAUGCUGCACAUCAGAGCAGGGGAUGGAUCCUCAGCCCCCGGCUGCUGCUCCCCCUGCCCAUUGCUGGCCCCCAGGCAAGCCCCUCUGACGGAUUCUGAGCCCCUUCCCAGCCUUGUGGCAUUUCCUUCAUCCCCCGGAGCGGCAGGAUGGGGGGACUGGGAGAGCCAGAGUGCCCUCCCCGCCAUGCACAGCCCCUCACGGCUUGUCCCCAUCCCUCGGAUGCUCUUCCCGGACGUGGCCGGGUUGCUGGAACAGCAGGAAGGCCGGGAUGGCCGGCACGCUGCGGCACCCUGCUGUCUGCUGCCAGCUGCUGGCAGCUGGUUCCUCAGGAAGCAGCCGUCGGGGAGAGCAUCCUCUCACCACCACCCGGAAAGCCCAGCACAGAUCACAAGCUCCUCCAUGCCACCAGGAAUGUGAGUGUUCCUGCAGGACUCAUCCUGUGCAAGCAGCAUUUCAUGGACAAAUCUCUGGUGAGGCCACAGCAGAGCUGUCAGGCGCUGGCUUUGAGAUGGGGAAGAUGGGGAUGACACUUUUAUGGCUCCCGUUCAGCCAAAUGCUCAGCCAGCCCUAGACACGUGCUCUAAACAUGUGCUCCCAGGUCAGAGCUUCCCUGACCCUGCACAGCUUUGCUCAACCUGAAACCUGUGGUCACACCCAGGUACAUCUCUGGGAAUAGAAAACACAAAGAGGAUGAGAGAUGGGAAGGAAUGAAGGCGGUCCCUUCUUCCUCAGGGUCUGCUGGUGGCCAGAUCCUUCCUCAUGUCUCUGCUCCCUAGGAGGAGAUGGAGAAAUCACUGGCCACGUUCAGACAAGAGUGGCCUAAGGUGAGGCAGUUGUUGCUGAGAAGAGGUGCCAGGAAGCAUCCGUGUCCCCUUCCCUGCUUCUGCUCCCCUGCUCAGGCCGGGCAGAGGAUGGCUGCUGGCAGGUGCAGUGGUGCAGGCAGUGCAGGACACUCUGGGGCUUGUUCCUCGGUUCUGGAACAAUGGGAUAGCCGUGUCAGGGAGCACCGUGCCCCAACAGGGCUGUCUGUUUUCUGCACAGCCCGGGCGUGGAGGAAACCAUCCCAAUUUCUGGAUCACUAGAACAGCUUGGGCGAGCAGCUGCAGCGGGGCACUGACGGCCAGGAUGCAGCUGGGACACCAUCCCACCACCUCCUCCGGCCAAGUGGUAGGGCCGGGGGUAGCAGCGACCCUCGGCCAGGAUGCAGGCAGCGCGGCGGCCCCAUGCCGGAAGGUGUAAUUGUCCCUGCAUUGUGGGCUGCGGGGCAGGCUGCUCCGGGCAGGCGAGCAGGCGGCGCGCCCGGCCGUCACACCCCCGCGUCCCGGGGCAGCCCGGCUCCGCCGCCGUGUCCGCGUCCCGCCUCGGGGAGGGCUGGGGGGUGUGCAGACAAAAGGAGAACGAGGAAGAGCAGUGCCUCCAGACCCUGGGUCCCGCAGCCAUCCCUGCUCGGGGCUUCCCACGGUGGUGCCGGCGCUGGCGGCUGAUAACGCCGUUUCCUUGCUGGCCGCUCGCUAUCAGCGCGGCGGCGACGGGCAGGCAGCAUCGCAGCCCGAGCGCUCCGGGCUGGCCGCUGUCGGGAAGGGCUCCUGGCCCCCUUCACCCCGCAGCCAGCCUCGGGCCGUUUAUUUUUACACGAGUUGUUUUCUUUCCGGCUUGAAGCCAUCCUGCACGGCGGCAAGAGCUGGACCGGGGCCCCCGCGCCUCAUUUCCUCGCCGUAAAACAACAAAGUGGGGAGUGAAGCGGCGCGCUGGACUGGGACAGCGGCCCAGGUUUACUCCCUAGCCAUGCUGCUGCUCCCACUCCUCCUGAAGGCCACCCUGCUGCAUCUGGCCAGUGGCUCCUACCACCCCUUCUACAACGGCUUCUACUACAACCACAUCAUGAAUGACAAUAGUGACGAUCAGGACAAAGUGGAUUACUUCAGUGGAUCCAGGCUAGUGGUGGAAGCCUCCAAAGACCCUGUCUACAGCUACAAUGGUGCCAACGUCACCCUGCCCUGCCACUACCGCUACGAGCCCGACCUGGGACCUAAGCGCAAAAUCCGCAUCAAGUGGUCCAAGCUGCGGGAUGACUACACCAAGGAGCAGGAUGUGAUGGUGGCCAUUGGCAAGACCUACGUGGCCUUUGGGGACUUCAAGGGCCGUGCCCACAUCCGUCGGGCCGGUGAGGCCAGCUGGCAUGAGGCCUCGCUGGUCAUCAGCGACGUGCGCUUGAAGGACGAUGGCAAAUACCGCUGUGAGGUCAUCGACGGGCUGGAGGACGAGAGUGACGUUGUGGACCUGCGGCUGCAAGGCAUCGUGUUCCCCUACCAGCCUCCCCGCGGGCAGUACAGGCUCAAUUUCCACGAAGCCGAGCAAGUGUGCCAGGACCAAGGUGCCAUCCUCGCCAACUUUAACCAGCUCUUCCAGGCGUGGAGCGAGGGGCUGGACUGGUGCAACGCGGGCUGGCUGGCCGAUGGCACGGUGCAGUACCCCAUCCGCCUGCCCCGCAAGCCCUGCGGGGGCGUGCACCUCGCCCCGGGCAUCCGCAGCUACGGCCCGCGGCACCGGCACCUCCACCGCUUUGAUGCCUUCUGCUUCUCCUCCGCGCUCAAAGGAGAGGUUUUCUACCUGGACCGCCUGGCUGGGAUGACGCUGGAGGAGGCCAAGCAGAGCUGCCAGGAUGCAGGGGCCGAGAUCGCCCGGGUGGGGCAGCUCUACUCCGCCUGGAAGUUCGUGGGGCUGGACCGCUGCAAUGCCGGCUGGCUGGCAGAUGGCAGUGUCCGCUACCCUAUUGUCACACCCCGGGCCAACUGCGGCCCCGCGGAGCCCGGUGUCCGCAGCUUCGGCUUCCCCAGAAAGGGCAGGUUUGGAGUCUUCUGCUACAGAGAGAGAUAAGGAGCCGGGAGAGAUCCUUCUUGGAUGAAGGAUGUUUCCACCCUGCCAGUGCCCAGUGUUGGGCAUUUCCAAGGGCUGUUCUGGGGGUGACUGGGGGGAGGUGGGAUGGGGGGAGGUUUCUUUUUGUUUUGUUUUGUUUCCUUCCUUUGUAUUUUCCACAUCUUGCUCAGCAGCUGGCACUUUGCAGCUGCUUGGGGUGGCUGCCAGCUGGGCAUCGUGGGACAGUCCCUGUCGUGGGAUGUGUGCAAGGAUGAUCCCCAUGGGCUACUGCUGCCACCACACUUGGCCGUGCCACCCCAUGGGUGGUGGCCCCUUCCUGCGGUGGCAGGUUGUCACUGACACCCACCUGCCCUUCCAGGCUGCUCUGCCUCUCAGUUCAUGAGGCAAGGCCAUGAGGGAGCGAGGCAAGGCUGGAUUUGGCCAGAGCAGAGAGCAGGUAUCUCCAUUGCAUCCUGGUCCCUCUUCCAGCCCCAUCCAUGUUCUGCUGAAGGAUGCCAUUGUGCCUGUCCCUGCUGGAGUACAAGUGCCUUAUCUCUAUGUGCCCCUUGCCUGAACUCCAUUUGAACUCUGGUGCCUUCUUCUCUGAGCAUUGGCUAUGAAAAGAUGUGUUUUACUGGACAUCUUCUAAUAAAAUGGUGGAGAAAGC